AUGUGGCAUUUCGAGGCGUCAACGUUUGAGGAAAGAGAGCUCUGGGUUCAGGCCAUUGAGAGCCAGAUAUUUGCCAGUCUACAGUCCUGUGAGAGCAGCAAGAACAAGCCCUUUCAGCAAAGAAAGACAUGGGAGCUUCAUGCUGAGUCAAAGUCUUCCAGUACAGAAGACGAAUGUCAUACAGAACAUAAAAAGAAGACAAUGAGUAGACGACAAAUUGAGAGGAAAAAGAAACAUCACAAAGUUGACUCAUCAUCCUCAUCUGAAUCAAUCUCAACUCAGUCCUCUUCAUCCCCUGCACCCCGAAAAUCCAGCAAACAUAAGGAUAAAGCCAAGAAAAGGAAAGUGAACAAAAAGGAAAAAUGCACAAGAGUCUUUUUUCCAGAGCAAGCCAUUAACAGAUACAAGAAGGUCUUGGGCUAUUUGAAAGGCGUACUUCAAAUGCGUCCUCCAGGCCCUCUCGAGAUGUUGGGUAUGAGCUCCUGUCUGGACAUCAACAAAUGCCACACUGUGGUUCACAGUACAAUGCUUGUAACCGAGCUGUGGCAAGGCAUGUUUGUAAGCCCUCCACUCAUCACUGAUGAUGAUGGACCCUCUCUUGGCAUGAUGAGCAAUAAGUGGAAUCAGUUCCUUUCUGGGCGUCAGAAUGCAGCAGCAGUCGGACUCGGUUCAAAAACUUGGACCCGUUUUAGAAAACGAUUAGAACAGAAUACUAAUGAAACAAGCGUUGAGCGAGGAGAAGAAGUCGAAGCGGGCAGCAGCACAGGUGUGACACAAUCCCCGACAGCUGUGCUGUUUGCAAAGAAAUGUCAUACACAGCUUAGUAAGGCAAAGAAAAAGAAGACCUUCAAUCAAAGAAAAAUUGCAGAGUUGACCGAAGAACGAGACUCUCUACUGAAGCAGUUGUCAGAAUACUUUUCUAACUCAUCAGAGUCAUUUAAGCAAACAGCAUCAUCAUCUUCCUCCUCCUCCUCUUCAUCUUCUGAUGAUCAGAGAAAGAAAGCAAAAAAGCACAACAAGCACAAGAAAAGAAGAACCAGAAGGAAAGAAGAAGAAGAAAGAGAGAAGAUAAAGAAGGAAAGAAACUUGUUAAAGAGAGCUGUACAUCCAAACCAGGUUGUGAAAAGAUACAAAAGAUCUUCCAUCCAGUUCAGGCAAGGGAAGAACUUGAGGUCUUCUUACAAGGCUGUUGGAGUGGACAGAAACACCGUGGUCGCCAGUGCUGCAAUUGUUUCUCCAACAAAGUAUGAAGAAGUCCUACAAGGCUACUCCAGAGGCCAGAAGCUGCAGACGUCUUCAGAUGUCUUAAGCAAUGACCCACACUUUUUUCAAAGGUAG